AAUGUCAUUGUCAGCGUAGAAGAAACAAAUUGUCAAAAGCAAAUCCGUUUUUCGUCAACGGUUCCCGCUUUUGUUGAUUUAUUUUUUGGUCAUUUCGUGAUUAAUGUUAUCACAAGUGUUUUUAGGCAUGUGUUUUCGGUAGCCAAAUUGUGCGUGAAAAGCUUCCAAGAUGCACAUAAAAUCUAUAGUGCUGGACGGUUUCAAAUCGUAUGGUAACCGAGUUGAAGUCACCGGUUUUGACCCAGAAUUCAACGCUAUCACGGGCUUGAAUGGCACUGGAAAGUCGAAUAUAUUGGAUUCGAUAUGUUUCGUGUUGGGAAUAACCAAUCUAUCGAACGUGCGUGCAGGCAGUCUGCAGGAGUUGAUAUACAAGCAUGGACAGGCUGGGAUCACCAAGGCGACGGUCAGCAUUACGUUCGACAACAGAGAUAAGAGGCAGUGUCCGAUUGGUUAUGAGAAUCAUGAUGAAAUCACUGUUACUAGACAGGUGGUAAUGGGAGGCAAGAACAAGUAUUUGAUCAACGGUAUAAAUGUGCAGAACAAGAGAGUCAGUGAUCUUUUCUGCUCAGUUCAACUCAAUGUGAACAACCCGCACUUCCUUAUAAUGCAGGGACGCAUCACAAAAGUGCUCAAUAUGAAGCCACCUGAGAUUUUGUCUAUGGUGGAAGAAGCAGCCGGCACCAGGAUGUAUGAAGCUAAGAAGCAAGCUGCUCAGAAGACCAUUGAGAAGAAGGAUGCUAAGCUGAGAGAAUUGAAUGAUAUAAUAAGGGAAGAUAUAGCACCCAAACUGCAGAAGCUGCAAGAUGAGCGCUCUCAGUUUCAAGAGUACCAGAAGGUGGUGAGAGAGCUGGAGAACCUCACCAGGCUCUAUGUGGCUUGGAAAUAUGUGAGUGCCGAGAAAAGUGCCAAGGAAGCAGAAGCCAAAGUGACUGAGGUACAGGACGACAUCAAGAGCAAGAAGGAAAACAUUAAACAUAAUGAAAAGGAGGCUAAAGACUUGGACAAACAAGUUGUAGAGCUUAAUAAGAAGUUGGAUGAGGAAAGCGGCAGCGUCCUAAAAGAUCUAGAAAUAGAGUUACAAGUGCACGAGAAAACCGAAGCGUCCGCGAGUGCCGGUUUCAAAGCGGCCAAGGACGCGCUCGCCUCGCACGAGAAGAAGGCGCGCCUGCUCAGCAGGGCCCUGGCCGACGACGAGGCAGCGCUGGGCGCUAAGAGGACAGUGCUGAGCGAGGUAUCGUCCACCUUCGAGAACCUUCGCGCGGCGAGUGAAGCCAGCGAGACCGCGCUGGCUGAAGCGCAGCAGAAGUUCUUGGCUGUCAGCACGGGGCUAGAGGGUGCCUCCGAGUCGCUGCAGGAUCAACUCAUGGCGGCGAAGGCAGCAGCCUCAGAGGCGUCGACUCGCAUCACACAAAGCACGAUGGAGCGUGAGCACGCGCAGAAGCGGCUGAAAGCGCUUGAACGCGAGUUCCAGACCAACAGCGCGCAGUACCAGCGCGACCAGGACGCCAUACGGAGUCACAGCGCGCAGGUGGAGAAGCUGCAGGGCGAGUUAUCCAAGAUGAACUUCAGCGAGGAGCGUAACACGCAGCUCAAGGAAUCCACUCGCUCGCUGCAAGGCCUCAUCCGCUCCAAGCGAGAUGUAGUGGAUAACCUGUCAGCGAGGCUGCAGCGCUGCGACUUCAAGUACUCGCCGCCGCAGCCUAACUUCGACAGCAGGCGGGUGUCUGGUACAAUCUGCCGGCUGAUCGAUGUGUGUGACCCGGUGUACUGCACAGCUUUAGAAACUGCAGCUGGUGGACGGCUAUACAACGUGGUGGUAGACACAGAGGUGACGAGUAAGCUGCUCCUGCAACGAGGCAACCUGCAGACCAGGACGACUAUCAUACCGCUCAACAAAAUCUCCGGGCACGUCAUAGACGCACAGACUGUCAGGCGCGCGCAGGAAAUCGGUGGCGGUCCAGAAAACGUCCAACUGGCUCUCGACCUAAUCAAAUUCGAGCCGCACCUCCGUCCGGCCAUGGCGUGGGUAUUCGGCGGCACGCUGGUGUGCCGCGACCUGGACACGGCCAAGCGCGUGACGUUUCACCGCGACGUGCGCCGCCGCUGCGUCACGCUCGAUGGAGACGUGUUUGAUCCGUCUGGAACACUGUCAGGAGGCGCCCGUGCUAAGACGGCCAAGCGCGUCACCUUCCAACGCGACGUGCGCCGCCGCUGCGUCACGCUCGAUGGAGAUGUCUUUGAUCCGUCUGGGACGCUGUCUGGUGGAGCGCGGGCUAAGGGACCACCAGUGGUCCGCGGACCACCGGUUAAGAACCACUACUCUAGACGACCAUGGCGUAGGUGUGACACGGCCAAGCGCGUCACCUUCCACCGCGACGUGCGCCGCCGCUGCGUCACGCUCGACGGAGACGUGUUCGAUCCGUCUGGGACGCUGUCUGGUGGAGCGCGGGCUAAGACGGCCAAGCGCGUCACCUUCCACCGCGACGUGCGCCGCCGCUGCGUCACGCUCGACGGAGACGUGUUCGAUCCUUCUGGGACGCUGUCAGGAGGCGCGCGGGCUAAGGGCGGCUCAGUGCUGGUCCAGCUGCAGGAGCUGAAGGAAGCAGAAGCGCAGCUGCAGCAAGCCGAAGCGCAGUACCAGCAGUGCAGCGCCGAGCUGGCCUCCACGCAGCACGCCGCCGAGAAAUAUGCGCACACGCAGCAGAGGUACGAAAUGAUGUCUCACGAAUUGGAAGUGAUAAAGGCGAGAUUAGCGACUACAUCACACGCGCAAACGCAUGCCGAGAUUGAGAGUUUGCGAGCUCAAGUGGAAGAACUGUCAGCGGCAGUAGAAAGAGACAAAGUGACACAGAAAGAGACAGCGGCUAAAGCGAGGGAACUAGAAGCGAAAGUAAAAGACAUCAAAGGUCACAGAGAGAGAGAGUUCAAAAAAGCCGAAGCGGAAUUGAAAAAGGCGAAAAAAGAAGCGGAACAGCACAGCAGUUCGUGGAAACAGAGAGAGCAGGAGUUUGAAACUCUGCGGUUGGAAGUGACGGAGCUGGAGCAAGCCGUCGCCAGCAGUAAGCAGACGCUGCAGGAAACCGUGGAAGCAGCAGUGGGAUUGCAGGAGAGCUUGCAAGAUGCGAAGGAGGAACACACUAAGGCUACACGGGAGCAGGAGUUCGAGACUCUGCGGUUGGAAGUGACGGAGCUGGAGCAAGCCGUUGCUACCAGUAAGCAGACGCUGCAGGAAACCGUGGAAGCAGCAGUGGGAUUGCAGGAGAGCUUGCAAGAUGCGAAGGAGGAACACACUAAGGCUACACGGGAGCAGGAGUUCGAGACUCUGCGGUUGGAAGUGACGGAGCUGGAGCAAGCCGUCGCCAGCAGUAAGCAGACGCUGCAGGAAACUGUGGAGGCAGCAGUGGGGUUGCAGGAGAGCUUGCAAGACGCGAAGGAGGAACACACUAAGGCUACACGGGAGCAGGAGUUCGAGACUCUGCGGUUGGAAGUGACGGAGCUGGAGCAAGCCGUCGCCAGCAGUAAGCAGACGCUGCAGGAAACUGUGGAGGCAGCAGUGGGGUUGCAGGAGAGCUUCAGCGGGAGCAGGAGUUUGAAACUGCGGUUGGAAGUGACGGAGCUGGAGCAAGCCGUCGCCAGCAGUAAGCAGACGCUGCAGGAAACUGUGGAGGCAGCAGUAGGGUUGCAGGAGAGCUUGCAAGAUGCGAAGGAGGAACACACUAAGGCUACAGAAGCAGUAAAAGAGAUUCAGUCUCGAAUAAAGAAGCAGAAGCUAGAGAUAGCAAGUCGCAGCAGCGACAUAUCGCGGCUGCAUCAAAAGAAGGAACAGCUGGGGAAAAGUAACGCUGAGCUGGAACUCAAGAUCAAGGAGCUCGACUAUAAGAUCAAGGAGUUGCAAGGCGAAGCAGCUGAGUGUGCUAAAAGGAUAAAGUCCCUCGAAGCCGAGCACACGUGGAUCCCGAGCGAGCGCGAGUAUUUCGGCGCGGCGGGCGGCCUUUACGACUUCGCCGCGCGCCAGGCCAGUGUGGCGGGGCAACGUCUUCAGCAGUUGGCAGAUAGGAGAGACAAGCUGGCUAGGGGACUCAAUGCGAGAGCUCACACGCUGCUGGGGAAGGAAGAGGAACAGUACCAAGACGUGAUGCGUAAGAAGAAGAUCGUGGAAGCGGACCGCGCUAAGCUGGUUCAAGUGAUGGCGGAACUCGACGAGAAGAAGAAAAAGACGCUGGUCACGGCAUGCGAGCAGGUCAACAAGGACUUCGGUUCCAUCUUCAGUACAUUGCUGCCUGGUGCACAAGCAAGACUUAAGCCGCCUGACGGGCUUACCGUGUUGGACGGGCUAGAGGUGAAGGUGGGCUUCAACAACACGUGGAAGGAGUCUCUGGGCGAGCUCAGUGGCGGCCAGCGCUCGCUGGUGGCGCUGUCGCUGGUACUGGCCAUGCUGCUGUUCAAGCCCGCUCCGCUGUACAUCCUGGACGAAGUGGACGCGGCCUUAGACCUGUCGCAUACGCAGAACAUCGGGCAUAUGUUGAAGCAGCACUUUACGCACUCACAGUUCAUAAUAGUCUCGCUGAAGGAUGGAAUGUUCAACAACGCCAACGUGCUAUUCCGGACCAAAUUCGUGGACGGCAUGUCCUCCGUCCAGCGCACCGUCAACUCCAGGAGAUGAUCCCGCCACGACUCGGCCGAAGACGCAAGUGAAAGCAGUGGUCCGAUGUGGACAACUGGACACACAUUUGUGUAUAAAGUACGAAAUGGUUACGAAAUAUUUUAAUAUAGAAUAGAUAACUAUCACAAACAGUUUCGACGUUGAUGUUCACGUCCAAGUUGUGUCAAAUGUGCGAAAUAGGUACGAAAUAUUUCAAUAUAGGAAAGUGUGUUCUCCAUUUUUUUGGUGCGAAAAUAUUUUAUUCUAAUUGGUCUUAUAUUACAAGUAUAUUUCACAUGAUCGAUGCUAUCGAUAUAAUGUGCCUUGUUUGUUGAAAGUAUAAAGAACUUGUUGUGCCAUAAAAGAUUGUUUAAAUUCCAUAUGAUUGUUUUUAUGUUAGACCAUGCUAUAGUUAGCCUUCACUGCCUUCACUGUUUUUCUGGGCCUGUAUGUAUGUUAUAAUUUUU